GAAAAAAAUUAUAUUUAUCUAGCUAUAUAUGUUUAAUAUUCUAUAGAACAACUUCUUUAAAUAUUAACCUAGUUACUUUAGUUGUUACAUUUUAUUCAAUAUUAAAACCCUUUUUUUUCUAUUUCUACAUCAAAUCAUUAGAAGCUGCCAUUUAGAUUCAUAGGGUUAUGUCAACAAGAAAAACUUCAAAAUGCAUCAUACUUUACCUACUACUUUUAGUGGAGAAGUUAGCUACAUAAUAUAAUAAUAUAUAACAUCUUUUUCACCAACCGAUUGGAAUGAAGCUUCAUAAAAGAGAAAGAAAGAGAUGAUGCAAAUGCACUUAGCACUUAGAAAAUCAAACAAAGAAACUAAAAUGACAAUUGCAAAGGCACACCAAAUAGUAGUAAUAGGAAGCACUUGGGGGAUCAAAAACACUUUUCAUUCUUUUGUAGCAAUCUUAGCCACUCUUUUAGUUAUCACAACAAUUUAUCUAACACAAGAUAGAGGAGAAGAAAAACUAUCUCAAAAAAUUAAUGUUGCUAUUGAAUCAUUGUCUUCAUCAAAGUGUGACUUGUUUUCUGGUAAGUGGGUUUUUGAUAAUGAAUCUUAUCCAUUGUACAAAGAGAAGCAGUGUAGUUUUAUGUCAGAUCAAUUGGCUUGUGAGAAGUUUGGAAGGAAGGAUUUGAGUUACCAAAAUUGGAGGUGGAAGCCUCAUCAAUGUGACUUGCCUAGGUUCAAUGCCACAAAAUUGCUUGAAAAGCUAAGGAACAAGAGGCUUGUGUUUGUGGGAGAUUCACUCAACAGAGGUCAAUGGGUUUCUAUGGUUUGUCUUGUUGACUCUAUACUUCCCUCAUCUCUCAAAUCCAUGCAAUCCAUUGCCAAUGGUUCACUAAACAUUUUCAAAGUCAAAGAAUACAAUGCAACCAUUGAGAAUUACUGGUCUCCAUUACUAGUAGAAUCAAACUCGGAUGAUCCGGUAAACCAUAGGGUACCUGAAAGAACAGUUAGAAUCAAGGCCAUUGAAAAGCAUGCAAGGUAUUGGACUAAUGCAGAUUAUAUAGUUUUCAACACUUACCUAUGGUGGAGAAGGCCUCUUAUGAAUGUUCUGUGGGGAUCAUUUGGCGACACAAAUGCGGUUUAUAAAAGAGUUGAAAUGUUGCGAGUUUAUGAAAUGGCUAUGAGGACUUGGUCUGAUUGGUUGGAAGUUCACGUCGAUCGUAACAAGACCAAUUUGUUCUUCGUUAGCAUGUCACCAACUCAUGAAAGGGCUGAGGAAUGGGGAGCUACUAAGGGAGAUAAUUGCUAUAAAGAAACCGAUAUGAUUGCGAAAGAAGGGUAUUGGGGAAAAGGGUCUGAUCCUAAAAUGAUGCAAGUGGUGGAGAAGGUGAUUGAUGAUUUGAAAACAAGAGGUUUGAAUGUUCAAAUGCUUAACAUCACACAGCUAUCAGAAUACAGAAAAGAAGGCCACCCAUCUAUCUAUAGGAAACAGUGGGAGCCUCUAACUCAAGAACAGAUAUCAAAUCCAAAUGGUUAUGCAGAUUGCAUACAUUGGUGUCUACCAGGAGUUCCUGAUGUAUGGAAUGAACUCCUUUAUGCCUAUAUUUUUAAUCAAUAACAAAGAAUUUCACAUGGCAAAAAGCUUGGAAAAAGUGUAGUGUGUAAAAAAUAUACAUUUGUACAAACUUCUCAUGCUAUUUUAUAACUUUAUACAACACAUAAUUGUGAAGCACA